CUUGCCUUCAGUGAGUGUGUUAUUUAGAGUAACCUGCUGACUGGCCCGCCCUUUUCUGUAAUGUCUACUGACCUGUCUGCUGGCUGUGAGCUACACUGGAAGGAUCCCGGGAGACCCUCAAACCACGCAAUGGAGGCAGUGACCCUGGAAGAUGUGCUUGUGAACUUCACCCUGGAGGAGUGGGCUGUGCUGAAUCCAUCUCAGAAGAAGCUCUACCAAGAUGUAAUGUGGGAAACAUUUAUGAAUGUGACUGCUAUAGGAGGUACCUGGGACAACCAGCAAACUGAAGACGGAUGCAUAAGUAGCCCAAGAAAUCUGAGAAACGAUGAAGUAUUCAAAUUCUGUCAAUAUAAAGCCUGGAAUCAACAUGAAAAAAUAUUUCUUUGGACUCAAAAUGAUAAUGUGAACAUGGAACAAGCUGCUUUAAAGCUACCUGGAAACUUUGCUUGUAGAAAGCCCUUGAUGGGGCAUUUAUCAUUAAAUGUGCCCAUUUUAUCUCAUACUGGAGUGAAGUCACGUGAGUAUGUGGGAUUUGAUGACAAGCUGAGUAAGUGUAAUGACUAUGGAAAAACCUGUAGUGAUCACCAAUCGCUUCAGAAGCAUGCAAUUACAAAGACUGGAGAGAAACACAAUCAAUAUGAGAAAUGUGGCAAAACCUACUCUGAUCUUAGUGAAAGAACACACCCUGGAGAGAAGACCUUCACAGGUUAUAAAAGAGUGAAAAUCUUUGGCACUCCCAGUGGCACUGAAAAUCAUGAAGGAAUUCACACUGGGAAGAAAGCAUAUGCAUGCAAGCAAUGUGGGAAAACCUUCAAUACUCAGAGCUGUUAUAUAAUUCAUGAAAAAUUUCACAUUUGGGAAAAACCUUAUGUAUGUAUUCAGUGUGGAAAAGGAUAUGCUGAUACAUCUGCAUUUAAUAGACAUAAACGAACCCACACUGGUGAGAAACCCUAUGUAUGUAAGCAGUGUGGGAAAGCAUUUACUUCACGGAGUUAUUGUAAAAUACAUGAAAGAAUUCACACUGGGGAGAAACCCUAUGCAUGUAAACAGUGUGGAAAAGCAUUCACAAUACAGAGUAACUGUAAAAUGCAUGAAAGAGUUCAUACUGGGGAGAAACCCUAUGUAUGUAAGCAGUGUGGGAAAGCAUUCACUACGCACAGUUAUUGUCAAAGCCAUGAAAGAAUUCAUACUGGGGAGAGACCAUAUGUGUGUAAAAAAUGUGGGAAAGCAUUUGCUACACAGGGUUACUGUCUAUUGCAUGAAAGAAAUCAUAAUGGGAAGAAAACUUUUGUGUGCAAACAAUGUGGAAAAGCAUUCACUUCACAGAGUUGGUAUAAAAUACAUGAAAGAAAUCAUACUGGGGAGAAACCGUAUGUAUGUAAACAAUGUGGAAAAGGAUUCAUUGCACACAGAUAUUGUCAAGAACAUGAAAAAACUCACACUAGUGAGAAACCCUACAAUUGUAAGCAAUGUGGAAAAAGAUUUGGUGAUAAAUCUGCAUUUCGUAGACAUACACAAACCCACACUGGUGAGAAACCCUAUGUAUGCAAGCAAUGUGGGAAAGCAUUCAGUAGAAAGAGUUGUUACAAUAUACAUGAAGAAAGUCACAAAGGGGAGAAGCCAUAUGUGUGCAAUCAUUGUGGGAAGGCAUUCACUACCCAAAAAUAUUGUCAAAUACAUGAAAGAAUUCACACUGGGGAGAAACCUUAUAUAUGCAAGCAGUGUGGAAAAGCAUUCGCUACAAAAAGUUCUUAUAAUAUACAUGAAAAAAGUCACACAGGGGAGAAACCUUAUGUGUGCAAGCACUGUGGGAAGGCGUUUCUUACACACAAAUAUUGUCAGACACAUGAAAGAAUUCACACUACAGAGAAGCCUUAUGCAUGCAAUCAAUGUGGGAAGUCAUUCACUACACACAAAUACUGUAAAAGACAUGAAAGAACUCACACAGAUGAGAAACCCUAUGCAUGUAAGCCAUGUGGAAAAAGAUUUGCUAGUGAAUCCUCCUUUUAUAGACAUAAAUCUCACACUGGAGAGGAAUCCUAUGGAUAUAAGCAACGUGGGGAAAGCAUUCAGUGAGCAUAGUUUUUAGAAACUACAUGAAAGAAGUCACAUUGAAAAGUGACCCUAUAUAUGUAAGCCUGUUUUGAAAAUCCUGCAAACACUCCUCAUACAGUGGAUACCAAUAUACAUUAAAUGAAUAGUUUGAUGUCAAUAUUACUUUAUAAAUUUUCUAGAAAACAAUCAGAAGGAGAUAGCCUAGAAUGUUUCUCUUCUGCAUUUUUCUGUAAAUCACAUAUAAAUAUCUGAACUAUAUCUCUGUAGUCUUUACUAUAAAAAUUAACAUAUUUUUGUGUAAGUCAUUGUCUUUGAAAUGAACAUAUAACUUCUAAUGAAACAAGGUGAGUUGAAAUGCAUUUUUCACUUCCAAAUAGGGUUAGUAUUUAUGUAGUUUUGAGUUUUUAACAUUGGGGGAUAUAGACCACUAAACAAUAAAUUUUUAUUAAUUAUAUUUUAAUUGAUGAAUUUCCCACUAGAGAUGAUUUUAACUGUGUAUAUACUUCAAAUUCUUUGUAAAAAAGAUCAUUUUGAAUUUCAUGUUAUGUAUGUAUAUCUUAUAUAUGUGCAUAUUUAGAGACAUGUGAAUGUGUGCUUUUGACAAAGUUCACUUGUUUUCACACAACUUGUAGAUUACUGGAUGCUUUGUUUUUUAUAUCCUAACAAAAAGCCUGAAUAUAUCCCAGCAUAAUUAUAUUAUUUCACGUACAUUAUUUCACCCGUUUUACUUUCAGGUUUGGGGUCAUUAUUAUGUUUUACAUAAAAUUUUAUUUUCUUACCAUCACCAUUUUAUUUUUAUGGUUAUAUUGUUGUGACUUCUAAC